AUGUGCAUGAAGAACUAUAUCUGGUGCUGGAAAAAGAAGCAGAUCUUCUAUCUUAUAUCCAUAGUCGUAAUACUAUCGCUGGUGAAACUCUCCGCGAAACUGAUUUCGUCGAAAGCGAUUCUUACUCCUAAUUUUCAUUUUGAAAAGCGAAAAACUCACUCAUGUAUUGUGCGAGAAUGUACAUUGGAAGAAAAGCAUCAGCAUGGAACAUUGUUUUCGUCGUUUCAACCGGUAUGGUCAGGUUGUUAUGGUGAUUUCUACUUAAUGGCGUUUGACAACUCUCAUUCAUCGAAAUAUACUCUCCUAGACGUUGGCGCAAAUAAAGCUUAUGCAGUUGCGACAUGGUUAGCAUUUUUUCUUCCGAAAUUGAAUAUCAACCAGGCUGUUUUAUACGACUUUCUCCUGCGAAAUCCAGCAUUAACUGAAGCCUGCGGUUCAUGCAAUGAUUGCAAAGAUGUGCCAUUUAAACGACGAAAUACUAAACAAAAUGUGACGUUAAAUAUUCAUGCGUUCGAACCUCAACCAGGUACAGUCGAAGCUCUGAAAAGCGUUCAAAAUUGGAUGAAUAUCAGUGCAAAACACAAUUCUACAUUGAAUACCCAUGGUAUGGCAGUCAGCAAUUAUGUCGGCAAAGUUUUAUUUAAAAAAUGUAAUACUGGCAAUGAAGUGUGCAGCCUAGACGUAUCGCACACUUCUCCUGAUCAACAAGUCGAGAUCGAUGCAGUAACAUUAGAUCAUUUUGCUGAUAAAUACAACUUGUCAGUGAUAGAUAUAAUUAAAAUCGAUACCGAAGGGUACGAACCAUUGGUUUUUCAAGGAGCUCAACGUUUACUACAACAACAUCGCAUUCGAUUAUUUAUUUUCGAACAUUUGAAAAAAGCUGCGUGGCUGAAUACAACACUACAAAUGGAAACAUCCAAAUUUACCCAGUUAGGCUACGUUUGUUAUAUCAUAGGCAAAACCGGUGUCAUACGUAUUAGCGAGUGUUGGAAUGAUAAAUUCGACGUUCAACACAGUAAUAUUCUGUGUGUUUCAUCAAAAGACACGGACUUAUGGAAUAGUAUCGAUCAAAUGAGAUUGAAUUCGACACUACCGGCCGCAUGCAAUAAACACUAG